ACAAAGACAGUCGCAAAGGACACCACUACAUACCACCUACCUUCCUCAGACUUCACCGUACCCGCAGGUACUCACCUUCCAACCAACUCGCCUCAGUUCGGCCCCGACCGCCAACGUCGCACGAGCCCGCGCCAACGGUACCGCAUACCUCGUGGAUCUACUGCGCGUGCGCACCGCCAAGUAAAUAGUCCCCUCCCCUCUCCCAAGCGUCGGCGUCCAACCUGUUCCACGUAUUCCACCGGUGGACUGCCGAAACCUGAGUAAAAGAAGGGGAAAAAAGCCGCAGGAGAAAUAAGAAAAUACCGAAUACCCAAAGGAUCGCGUAGUGAAUAGUGCGGGCAUUAAAUCUCGACGUGUUCAGAGCCGUGGGAACCUGGUGUAACAGUGCAAAAAUUCGAGUUCACUCCUUCCCUGUUGCCGAGUCCUCGUGAAGAUCCGGGGAAUACGAAAAUUAUCCUGAAAUCCCUGAAAUCAACGAUUCGUUAAAAAUCGGUUAAAGUCCCGGUGACAGCCGCACCUCCAGAUUCCAUAGUCUCUUGGGACUGAAUCCUCCGGGUGGAAGUGAGCGAAUAAAUCCCCCCCCCCUCCUCCCCAGGGAAUUAGAUAGAGGCGAAAGACAUCGGCGAGGAAGGAGGACGAAAAUUCCACAGGGGCAAAUAACACACACAUACAGCAUCAGGUUCUACGCCACUGGUUACCUGCAUACCAGGGACGUGCGAGUGAGAUAAACUCAUCCUACCAUAAAACCGUUUUCCUCCCCUCCUUCGUUGAAGAAGAAAAAGGAAGAGGCUAAAUGGUGGUGGGGGGGCUGCUGGUGUACAGAAACCUCGAGGAACUGGACAUAACAGUGGUGGGAGUUUAAAGUUCCUGAGAGAGAGAGAGAAGUUUCAAUCGCAGGUACUGGUGUGUUGGAAUUGUGAAUAAGUUUUUCGAAAAAAAAUAUACGAUUAAAAUAAGUGAACGAAGGAGAAGUGGAGAAAGGUGGGAGGAGAGAGAGAGGACUGGAAAAUAUAACAAUAAAAUUGUGUUGUCUCUCUGUGAUGGUAGAGGAGUCAGCCAUAAUGGAGUAAGAGAUAUCCGUGAGGCGGCUACAGCUGCUGUGAAAUCGUGAUCAGGGGGAUAUUUAGCAAUAGUAUUGGGACACGAUUCACCGCGAGUCUAAUAGUCUCAACGAAACGUUAACAGUUAGAAACUUGAUGAUAUAAGAAAGCGUUUGAAGUGUCGGUUGUUAACAAGUUUUGUUAUUGAAAUAGUGUUUUUAGUGAUGACAAUGAGGGUCCGUAACGUGACUGAAAUAUCAUCGUAAUCCACCGCGUCCCCGAUGGUAAUCGAGCCGUGGAGAGAGAAUAAAUAAUAGGUCAAUCAUCGUUUCCAUUAUCACGUCUUCAGGUUGUGAUAGUUCUCCAUGAAGAUGAGAGGAUCAAGCCAGGAUACAGCGACCCCGUAUUGUCGUUGCCGAGUGCUCUACCUCGGCAGUUCAGUACCCCACGCCAGCAAAGAAGGUCUUCUUGGUGUUCAAGAGCCCCUUCGUGAACUUUAUCCAGAGCAAGGAGCCCUGGGAGCACGUGGUAUCGACUCCUGGUUGAGUGUCUGGUCGAAUGGUCUUCUCCUCGAGAAUGUCGACGAACAUCGAAAGAAAGUUACGCGUUUCUUUCCCAUCGAGGCCCUUCACUAUUGCGCAGCAGUGCGUCACGUCAAAGGUGGCAACAGUGACAUCUCCAACGCCCGAUUUCUUCCCCUGGACUCACCAUUCGCGAGAAAUCCAUCCGCAAAUCAUCCACCACUAUUUGCCGCUGUACUCCGUCGUACAACGGGAAUCAAAGUUCUCGAAUGCCACGCCUUCAUAUGUAAACGUGACAUGGCGGCCAACGCCCUGGUGAGAUGUUGUUUUCAUGCUUACGCUGACAGUAGUUAUGCUAAAGGUCUCGAUCCAAAUACAGCGACAAUCAUUAGCAAUGGCACAUCGCCAGGACCUCAUCCAACAAAUGGCACAUCCAACGGUAGUUUGUACCAUACGUUGGGCGGUUCAAGCACAACACUAGACAAUAGCAGUCCACCAGGUACGCGUUUGGAUAGUGCAUCCAACGAUGACAUCAGUCUUUACAAUGGAGAUGAGAAUCACAAAGUUUGGGCGAAGGGUAGGGACGAAGUGGAUGCCGUUUACCAGGAGCAGGGAACAUUGAGAAGUACCAGGGGUUCGAGACCGAGACAACUGGUGGCACCACCACCACCUCCACCACCACCACCACCACCGUCCCAGCCCCUCAUGUCAGAAGAGUCGACCUCAUCAACGAGGAGAAAAACAAAUAAGAAACUGAAGAAGAUCAAGAAUCGUCAUGAGGAUCAGAUUAUGCCACAUCCUCAAAUGCAUCCCCAGAUGCAUCCUCAAGCAAUCUACACAAAUGGUCAUGGACAUCAUACUCUGGGUCAUCCAAUCAGGCAGCAGCACUUCCAUCAGAUGCCACCCAGCAGUAGAUCAGUAGCGGGUACUCUAGCAAGACCAGCGCCAGUUCUCCUCGUUCCUGCUGCUACUCUUCCCCGAAAGGCGCAUCAUCAUCAUCGGGGAAUGCGACCGAUUCCUGCAGCUGCACCGAUCGUUCCUAUCUAUGCUCCACUCCCCGUCGUUCCGCCACCACCAGCAGCCCUUUAUCAGCCGACGUAUGGGACAGCUGGAAAUCGGGGGAGGCGACAUCAUCAGGAGGAAUCCUCGACACUGGGGGCCAAUCGAAGGCUCGCGGCUUCUCAUGCAGAUCUAACUGCUCCUGAUGGAGCGGCUGAAAGCCCCGACGGGGAUUCCCGCUUUGGCACCGGAAUCUACCGACGCAAAGGACAUCUCAACGAACGGGCGUUCUCCUACAGCAUCAGGGCCGAACAUCGCAGCAGAAGUCAUGGGAGCUUGGCAUCACUGGGAUUCAGUCCGCAAAAUGGUAAUGCUCAUCCCAAGGAGGAGAAGAAGGAUCGGGAAUUUGCUCAGAUGGUCGCUGAACUCAGUCUUGAUGAUCAUGAGAGGGGACAGUACGGAAGGAAUAAUCAUCAUCCGCCGCAACCGUUGCCCCGACCUCGUCGAUAAAUUUGUUAAAUUGAUGAUUCAACGACCUUCGAGCUAAGUGCCAAUUAGUCGGGAGUAAUUGUCCUUGCAGGAUACAGCGUCACGCUGCAGGACUCUGGGUACAUACGGUGUCCUUGAUGGAUGAGGAUUUAGCCAGAAUGUUUGAUACUUUGGGGCUGUUUUUGGAUAAAUUUUUUUAACUUAGAUUGGUCACGUGCUUUUUAAUGUGCCCUCUUUUUGGUGUCACAUCGUCUCGAGAGUCGGCCUGAAUACCGGCAGUGGUGGCGCGUGCUGGUAAUGCCUUGAGGCAAGAGAGAUUGUGCACGUGUACGACGAAGAAUCGGUAAUUAGCAUUCAAACUGUCCUAAGUUAACCGGUCCCAUAAAAAUGCGGGUGUCGCAAUGCAGGCGGUUAUGGUUACGGCAAUUUUUUUAGUCUCAGGUGUGUCAGCCCGGAAAUGAGUCUCUUGACCUGGUAUUUCGGUGGGGUCUAAUGGACUUUGAAAUAACUGAAAAUAUUUAUUCUCGAUAUUUUUGAAUUGAGCGGGAAGUAUUUUAAUGUGGAAAGGGUCAAGUGGUUUCAAUCGACUUUCGGUAGUCGAUUAGACGUCGAUUUCAGCAGUUGGUUGAUGGCUGGUUGAUGGUUGAUCGAUGAUUAGGUUAGGUGAUGAUCGAUCAAUCGAUGGGCGAAUGGUAAUCGAUAGGCAGUCGAUUGGAACUCGAUUGUCAGUUGAUUGUUGGUCGAUCGAUGACUAGUCCAUCUUCAAUCGAUUUUCAAUCGAUUACUAGCCGAUUUUCAAUCGAUUACUAAUCGAUUUUCGUUUGAUUACUAGUUGAUCUUCAAUCGAUUACUAAUCGAUCUUCAAUCGAUUACUAGUCGAUCUUCAAUCGAUUACUAGUCGAUUUUCAAUCGAUUACUAGUCGAUCUUCAAUCGAUUACUAGUCGAUUUUCAAUCGAUUACUAGUCGAUCUUCAAUCGAUUACUAGUCGAUCUCCAAUCGAUUACCAGUCGAUCUCCAAUCGAUUACUAGUCGAUUUUCAAUCGAUUACUACUCGAUCUCCAAUCGAUUACUAGUCGAUCUCCAAUCGAUUACUACUCGAUCUCCAAUCGAUUACUAGUCGAUCUCCAAUCGAUUACUAGUCGAUCUUCAAUCGAUUACUAGUCGAUUUUCAAUCGAUUACUAGUCGAUCUUCAAUCGAUUACUACUCGAUCUUCAAUCGAUAUUCAGUUGAUCGCUAUUCGAUUGCUAGUCGAUCAAUUGAACAGAGAUCGAUUAGUAUUUGACUGAGUUCACAACUCCUUGCUAUCGAGUGAUCCGUCAGGGUAGCUCUUGUCUGAAUUUUUGAGAAAUAUCUCGAAAUCUAAGGGAGAUAGAGAAAUUUUUAUAAGAACUUCAUUUGUGGAGAAAAUUAAGAGCCACAAAAAAGGUCAUGAUGAAAUAUUUGCUAUCUCCCUUGCAUUUCGAGAUAUUCAUUGAAAACCGGCCGGUAGUUCAAAUCAGUUCGAAUCGUUUUGCCAGUUCGUUACUGGUGUAGUUCGAUACAUCUGGAGGGAGCGAUUGUUGAGAAGAGUCGUUAAGUCUUGUUUAUAGCCCAGAAUAUGGGUUAAAAAUGCUCUAUUCAUGGGCUACCGUGCUUUCGGUACUAAAAGGUUUGACAAAGUAUUUGCAAAUGCAGUUGAAAAGAGAAAUUCCAUUCCCUGGAGAGCUGUAAUUUUUAGAAAAGCCACGUUGAGUUCAACUUAGAGAGAAAAUAAAUGUAUAAAAUUCACUAGAAUUUUCAUAAAGUCCUAUAUUUUUUAAGAACAGGACAACGAGAGUUUCUCAAACUACUUAAAAUAACGAUAAAAACGUGAAUGUACGCUACAUUGGCCAGACGUCGGUGAUUUAAGAAGAGAUAUACUAAUAUUUUAUUAAUAUUCAUGAAUUUUCAUGAAGCAAUCGAUUUAGAAGUUACAGUUUUCAAUUAUUUUUUAAAAGAGAUAAUGAAUUUUUAAUUAGGAUUUUCGUGGUUUAGUGAAAAAUUCAAUGUUCGUAUGAUAAAUAUCAGGUGAAAACUUGAGGUGUCAUCAAUAGUUUGAUAAAAAUGACCAGAUGACUGAUCAUAAAUUGGUUUUUAGGGAAUCAAAAAACCUGAAAUUUUUAUUUUUUUGGUUUGAUAAAAUUGCAUUUUAUGAAAAGCUGGAAAUCCACAAUUUCUGAAUUUAAAAGAAUUUUUAACCAGACUCUGGAUAUUUAAUACCAAAUGUUAAUUACAUUGCAUUACCGCUUUGGAUUAAUUAAAUUACGAUUUUGACUUUCCAUGAUUUUUUCAUCGAAUUUUUAAUAUUUAAUUACGUACAUUAUUUUAUACUUCAUUCAAACCCUCCUUCGAUGAAAAUGUUUGAAAUUUGUUUGCAAAUGUUUUACAAUUUUUAUAAAUUUAUUAAUAAUGUUCUCAAGAGGAAUGUUAAACUGUAUUUAGAGGAAAAAUACUUUUAAAAAUUCCAAUUAUGUGAAAAUUUAAUGGAAUUUCAAUGUUUUUAGUACCAAAUAACUGAAUUUUUCAUUUCUCAUGAUUUGUCUUUCCAAUUAUGAAGUCAGAAGAACAAAAGUCCAAUUACGAAAUGAUAAAAAGUUCAAAGAAACCACAAAUUUUCAUCUGAAAACUCUUCUGCAAUUUCUUCUGAAAGAUAUUAAUUUCUCAAUUUUUAUUUGAGACUUUUCUUUGGUAAAAAAAUUUUUAUCACAUAAUUUUCUGCCAAUCCAAAUGAAAAUUGCAAUAAUUUUUUCAUUGAAUCGAUAAUAUUCAAUCACAUCCAUUAUUUCAUAUCUCAGCGGAACUAUCAUCCGCUAAAAAUAUUUUUAAAAAUUCUGCAAAUAUAUUACAAUUUUCAUAAACUUAUUAAUCAUUUUCUGAAGAGCGAUGUUAACCAGUACUUACAAAAAAUAUUAAUUUAAAUAAUCCAAAUUUCUCUCAAAAAAUUAUGGAAUUCUGAAAAUUCUUUUGAAAAAAAAAUUUCUUCUGAAAAAAACAAAUUUCUAAAUUUUCUUCAGCAAAAAUUUUCGUUCGAAAAUCAUUUAAUAACAAAUAUAGAGAACUCUUGACCAUUUUCAUUUAUAAAUAAAUUUUUGUCGCAUAAUUUUCUGCCGAGCGAAAUCGAAAUGACGAGAACAAGAUUUUUAGUUACAUCACAGACACGAUAAUAGAGAUGACAACAAUCGGAUGUGCAUCCAGUCCUCGCAAUCUUUAUCCUCAACGUCAUCAAGGUCACCGUAUCUAUCUUUAGCAAUUAUUAAACAUUAUUGUUUUUAUCCGUUAAUUUUUAUUUUAUUGCCAGAAUGAGGAGAAAACGGAGUUGAACCCGCCUGGGAUUCCCUAACGGUAAAAAAAACCCGGUUCGCAUCUCAUCGCGAAUUUUCGUUCGCCAAAUGUGUCACACACUUUUCUUCUUGGUAUUGAAAUACGAACAAAAAAUAUUGUUUAUGGUUGCAGAAAAUUAUCAACGUCUCGUGGUAGACUAUUUUCACGACUUUGAGUGGAGAAAGAGCCAUUUUAAUACUAUAAUUGUUAACGGACAGACAGGAAACUCACGAUUUACGUUAUUUCCAGUGUCUCGACAUGGAAAUUCAUGCCAAGGGGAAUUUACUAUGUUAAUGUUAAUUGUACACUAAUACAUCUCAAUGUCGUAUUUAUUGUUGCGACUCGGGGACAGUUUGAGGCUUAAUUUACACUGAAUUUCACGCAGAGAAAUAUUCAAGAAAAAUUACCACACUCGACGUUCGAUUAUCGAUUACAAAAAUGACUGAAAAAUUACAAAAAUAUUCUGGAAAAAUUACGAAACUCGACGUUCGAUUAUCGAUUACAAAAAUGACUGGAAAAUUAUGGAAAUUUCAGGAAAAAAUUACCACACUCGACGUUCGAUUAUUGAUUACAAAAAUAAUUGGAAAAUUACGGAAAUUUCAGGAAAAAUUAUCGCACUUGGCGUUCGAUUAUCGAUUACAAAAAUGACUGAAAAAUUACAAAAAUAUUCUGGAAAAAUUACGAAACUCGACGUUCGAUUAUCGAUUACAAAAAUGACUGGAAAAUUACAAAAAUAUUCAGGAAAAAUUACGAAAAUCAACGUUCGAUUACAAAAAUGACUGGAAAAUUACGGAAAUUUCAGGAAAAAUUACCGCACUCGACGUUCAAUUAUUCAUUACAAAAAUGACUGGAAAAUUUAGGAAAUUUCAAGAAAAAUUCCGUGACAUUUCCAUUUUUUUUUUUCAAUCACACUUUUUUAGAAAAUUACUGGUAAAAAUACGUAAUUUUUAUUUAAUAUUUCUCUGCGUGUGAGGGAGUCAUAAUUCUGUCGAUAAAUAAUUUUUUAUUGAGAACGAAUACAAUCUCAAUCUUCAUAAACAAUUGUAUUGUGACACGUUUGAAAAAAUAUUGUGAAAAGACCGACGAAAUACGCCAAAAAAUUCAAUGGAAUUGUUGUUAAGAGAUUAUUGCCCAUAUCUUUUCAUUUCUUAUUUUUUUAAUAAAUUUUAAAGGAACGAUUGGGAAAAUUUACGUGAAAAAUAUCCGAUUUUUAGAUUUUGUUAUCGUUCAAUGGCUUUUUCAGGGAACUGUUGCUAAAGUUCAUCGAAAUUUUACCAAAAAAUUAGCAAAAUAAACCCAUGACUAUGAAAAUUUUUCAGUCAUUGAUUAAUGUCAAAACCUAAAAAUCGUAAAUAUAUCAAAAUAUGAUAAUAUAUUCCACAGAAUUUUUUUAUACAAUUGAUUUUAUUGAAAUGUGAUCUAUAGAAUUUUGAUGAAACAAUUUCCCCAAUUUUUCCGUGUGAUUUUCUUGAAGAUAUCAAGAGCUGUUGAUAAAAAAAUUGAAAUUCUAUAGAAUUUUGAAAGAUCUUUAAUCGAAAACAAUGAUAUUAAACAUUUACGAAAUUUGCGUUGACAUUUCACUUGUUUUUUAGUCACACAUUCUAUUAAAUGUUUUUAUAGAAAAAAAUCAAUUGAUCUCGAUUUUUCUGUUGGGUUUUUUCUCUCGAGAUUCUACCAAUUAAACUUAUGGUGCCCAAUAAUUCUAAAAAUUUUAUUUUUAUCCACAAUAUUUUGUUUUGCAAUUUAUUCGCUUUGCAAAUAUGUUACACCAUAAAUCCCAAGCGAAUAUUCUCUCAGAAAAAUCGAUAUCUCAUCGCAAAAUACUCCCAAAAACCGCAAUUUCCCCCAGAAAUCCUUCAAUUUUCCCCCAAAUUCCCCCAAACUCUCUCAAACCUCCCUAAAAUUUAUCUACAAAUUCUCCCCACCCCAACCCAAUUUGUCCGACAGAAUCACAUGUUUUAAUCAUUAUCGAAUUAUCGAAUAACAGAACUAUCGAGUCAUUCAAUUGAAAAUACCCAUCAUUUCGCUCCCCUCAAUUUAUUUUUCAACUGUUUCAACUGUUCACUCUCCCGAGAAAUAAAUCGAGCCUCAAUGCCACUAAUAGAAUAUUCGAAAAAUAUAAAAAUAGUUACAAAUAACUAUUAACCAGUGGAAAUCAGUGCGGGACAGAUCGAUGUCCGUAAUUUCUUUUUUUUUAUAUUUUUUUUAUCGUGAGUGCAUGACGCGUCGCAACGCAUUUGGCUUUCUACGUCUUCCGUGUGUUAAUUUCGGUGAAUGUGUGUGAGUGUUACGCAAUGAUGAAUGGUUAGUAUACAGUAAUACGAAGGAAGCAUUGAAGGAUAUCAAAUUACCCCUCCUCCUCUGCCCCUACCCUCCCCCUGACGCCCCUCACCGAACCCUUAACAAGGAUUAAUUUUAAAUUGACGCGAUGCACUGAAAGAGAAAUAUAAUUUUGCCAAUUAAAUAUUCCUCCGACAAGAAUUUAAGCCGAAUUUGUUAAUGGAAUUUCGGGCAUUUGUUUAUCCAAAACAAAUAUUUGCAAAAUUAUAUUUAUCUGUCAGUGUAGAUUAAAUAUUAUCGCUCAUAUGAAUAUUUAUCGUCCGAGAAAUAAAUUAUUUCUUUUAAUAAAUUAAAUUGAAAUUGUUCAUUCGGUUCUGUCGAGGUAGAAGGGGUUGAUCGCUAGGGGUAAGUUAUGCCUCUUUGAUUGCGAAUGAAAGUGUUCUACACGGAGAGAGAAAAAGUUCAGUAAAUUUAGAAAAUUACGUAAUCGCGAGGGAAGAAAUUUUUUAUGAAAAUUAGACGUCCAGAGGGUGAAACGUCAGACGAAAUGAUUUUUAGCCAGUUUUUAGGAUGAGUUUUGCCCGCAAAAUUGAGUUUGAGGGUCUAAUUUUUUUAAUAAAAUGAACUGUCGCCUUAGAUUUUGCCAUCUAGAGGUUUAAUUGUUAUGAAAAAUUUCUUUUCGUGCGGAAAAUCGUGUUGUAUUUUGAUCGUUCGGGAAAAUUACCGACAGAAACAUUUCCUGAGUGGAAAUUCUGGUUUCAGAUAGUGAUCAGGGAUUUAUAUCAGAAUUUGAUGAGAGAUAUAAUGCCGCCAUUUUGAAUUUUUUAUUAGGAUUUAAUUGAGAGAAAAAAAUCGAAACGUUUUGAAACGGGAAUUGAACCCGAAACCUCCUAAUGUCGCUUCAGGUGCUCAUAUAUUAUGUAUUAUAUAUUAUAUAUUAUAUAUUGUAUAUCAUAUUAUAUAUAUUAUAUAUCAUCUAUUAUAUUAUAUAUCAUAUAUUAUAUAUUAUAUAAUAUAGAAAGUGAUGAAACAAAAUGAGUCACUUUGACUGGUGACCAAUUUUUGAUGAAUAUCUCGAGAUCUAGGCGAGAUAGCAAAAUUUUGGUUAGAACCUUUUUUGUGCAAAAAAUCAAAUACUACAAUAAAUGUUAUAACAAAAAAUUUACUAUUUCCCUUAGAUUCGGAGAUAUCGCUCAAAAACUGGAAUCAGAGAUAAGCGAACUUAUCUUGUUUUAUCACUUCCCUACUGAUAUAUGGUAUAUAAUGUAUGAUAUGUUCAUUGAAGGUCAUGUGCAACGUAAUCCUUGUCAGGACCAAUACGAUCGCCAUAAUUGCCACCUAAUUAAAUGCCCCGGGGAAUAACGCAAUCGAAGAAAGAAAAGUUCCAAAAAUAAAAAUGUUUUUUGUCAGUGUACACAGAGAGAAAAGUUCGUUUGUGACCUUGUACAACUGAUCUUUGUUUGGGGACUUGUGGAGGAGAUACAAAAUUAAAUUCGUGAGCUAUAAAAUCACUAUUGGCAGUGCAGUCUGUUGUGGAAUAACGGAACUGUCUUGAUUUUUUUUUGAACAUUUGAAACUUAUUUAUAAAGUUUAUCAGUUGUAAAUUAAAAAUAUAGAAUUAAUGACUGGACUGUAUUGAUUAUUAGAUUUGGAGCGUCUUGAAUUGUGGGAAGAAUUACCCAAAAACUUUAGUAAUUCUGAAGCGAAAGGUUGUGCAGAGAAAAAUUGCGGAAUAAAUUUAAGUUUUCAGAUGACAUUAUAAAAAAUUACGGCGUCUUUCGUAAAAAUUCAGUGACUUUUGUAUAAUUUUCUGAUUUUUCUAUUUUAAUGAAAAUUUUAAUAAAUUUUAGUGAGAACUUAUUAAACCUUUCAUUAAAAUAGAAAAAUGAGGAAAUAAAUAAAUAAUAAAUUGUUAUUCAAAUUUUCCCUCCCUGUAAAAAUGAGUCUUUUCUGUAAAAUUUUGAUGACUUUUGAAUGAUUUUUCACCUCAUGUCGGAAUCCAUUUGAUAAUUUUUCUAAAUGUUUCGAGCAAUUUUCAUUAAACUUCCCCUUCCGCCUAAAAAUGACAGUUUUGUCCCCAAAAUUCAGUGACUUUUAUACAAUUUUUCAUCAAAUUUCUAAAUGCAUUUGGUAAUUUUUCCAAAUCUCUCAAGUAAUUUUUAUUAAACUCUUCUGUUCGCUUAAAAAUUGCAGUUUCGUCCACAAAAAUUAAUUAUUUUUUCUGUAAUUUUUUAUCUCACUUCCAACUUUAUUUGAUAAUUUUCCAAAAUUUCUGGCAUAAUUUUUAUUCAAGAUUUCCCUCCACAUAAAAAUUGCAGUUUCGUCCACAAAAAUUAAUUGAAUUUUAUACAAUUCCCCCCUAAUUUCCACCAUCAUAUGACAAUUCUUCCAAACGUUUCAGGUAAUUUUCCCUAAACUUUCCACUCGAUACCAAAAACCUAAAAAUCGUAUCGAAAUCCGAACGACGAUACAAAAAAAAGUGCUACACAUGUAAAUCAAUGAUUUAUCAGUAUCAAUUAUUUAUUAAUAUCCCGGAUUAAUAUUAAUAUUAAUAUCAAUAUCAAAUAAUUAAUUAAUUACUUAAUUUUCCCUGAGAUUUCGCGUAUUUUUCUCUCCACGUCGAAUACUUCCACUUCCACCCCCGAAUUUGUAACUUUUUCAACCCCUUCCCUCGGCCCAUUUAUCCCUUCAACUUAAUUAUCAUAAAUCUAGGAAAAUACUAUUCUGUGCCGGACGAAUAUAUUUUGUAUAAAAAAAAAAGUAAAGUGCACCGACCAGGAAUGUGCCAUCCCUCCGAGUUAUGGGAAAUAAACUCGCGUAAAUAUAAGCGCUGAAUCGUGCACAAGAACGCGAAUGUAUAAGACGAUGUUGGUUAAUAGGAAUAAAAUAAAAAAAAGCAUUAACGCACGAAUGUGAAUGUUAAGUGGUGAUCAUCCUUAAGCCGUUCGAUCGGUUACAUUCACCUCACAGAGGAAUUUAAUUAUUUGUCAAUCAUUCGCAAACGUGUUUACGCCAUUGAUUUAUAUUUAUUAGAUAAUAUAUUACGAUAUUCCAGGAUAUUCAUUGCGAAAUGAGGAGUUUAAUGAUAAGUCUAUGUCAAUGUACGGAGAUUAAUGAAUAAAGAUUUGUAGAAACAUAUGUAUAUAUUAAAGAAAAUAUCUUAAACAAUUUC